CGACUCCUCCUUCCUAAAGUGAAAGCAUUUUCCUCUCAGCCUCAACUACAUUUUGUGGAGCGAUUGGAAAAGUUAAGAAAAUAGGGCAGAAAUGGAGGUAUUAAUGUCACACAACAAGGACCGUUGACUAAAGGAGUGUGAUCCAUUCCAUCAGAGGAGAUCAGACUCUUCAGGACUCAGCUGUGUGUUUGUGUGUAAACUUUACUAAUAUAUAAAGAUGGAGACUCCUGAUCUGGACACAGAUAAUGUUUCUACACCAUCAAACAACUGUAAACACAAGAGAAAGAGAUCAGAAUCACCAACACACAGCUGUAUCUCCAUGAAGAGUGAUGGGUCUAUGGAUCAUCCUCCUGAGUUUAAAGAUGGAGACUCAUCACUUCUACACAGUGUUCUACAGAGGACAAGAAACAGAACAGAAAUGAAGAUCACAGAUACAGGGUACGACCCAGAAUCUGCUGCUGUAAAUGAAAUCCAGAAAAAGUUCAAAUUAAAUCUGAUGAAGAAGUUUCAGUGUUUGAGUGGAGUGAUAAUAAACCUGGGAACCCAAACACUCCUGAAUGAGAUCUACACAGAGCUCUACAUCACAGAGGGAGACAGUGGAGACGUCAAUAAUGAACAUGAGGUGAGACAGAUCGAGGCAGCAUCCAGGAGAAGAACAACAGAGGAAACACCAAUCAAAUGCAAUGACAUCUUUAAGCCUUUAUCUGAACAAGACAAACCCAUCAGAACUGUGCUGACAAAGGGAGUCGCUGGCAUCGGAAAAACCGUCUCUGUGCAGAAGUUCAUUCUGGACUGGGCUGAAGGGAAAGUAAAUCAGGACGUCCACCUCAUAUUUCCACUUCCUUUCAGAGAGCUGAACUUGAUGAAGGACCAGAAACUGAGUCUGAUGGAGCUCCUUCAUGUCUUUUUUAAGGAAACAAAAGAAACAGAAAUGUCCAGUUUGGAAAAGGUUCUGUUCAUUUUUGACGGAUUGGACGAGUGUCGUUUUCCUCUAGAUUUCCAGAACACAGUGAGAGUGUGUGAUGUAACUGAAUCAGCAUCAGUGCCUGUGCUGCUGAUAAACCUGAUCAAAGGGAAUCUGCUUCCCUCUGCUCUCAUCUGGAUCACCUCCAGACCUGCAGCAGCUGAUCAAAUCCCCUCUGAGUGUGUGGAUCGAGUCACAGAGGUACGAGGGUUCAAUGACCCACAGAAGGAGGAGUACUUCAGGAAGAGGAUCAGUGAUCAGAGCCUGGCCAAUAACAUCAUCACACACCUGAAGUCAUUAAGAAGCCUCUACAUCAUGUGUCACAUCCCAGUCUUCUGCUGGAUUACAGCCACUGUUCUAGAGAGAAUGUUGGGUGAAGCAGAGAGUGGAGAGAUGCCCAAGACUCUGACUCAAAUGUACACACACUUCCUCAUCAUUCAGACAAACAACAUAAGAGAAAAAUACUCAAAGAAGCAGGAGAGUGAUGAAGAAAUGCUUCUUAAACUGGGACAACUGGCUUUUCAGCAGCUGAAGAAAGGGAACCUGAUCUUCUAUGAUGAAGACCUGAGAGAGUGUGGUAUUGAUGUGACAGAAGCAGCAGUGUACUCAGGUGUGUGUACUCAGAUAUUCAGAGAGGAGUUUGGGCUUCACCACAGUAAAGUGUACUGCUUUGUUCAUCUGAGCAUUCAGGAGCAUCUCGCAGCUCUGUAUGUGCACCUGACCUUCAUGAAGGAGAAGAGAAAUGUUCUUAUUCAGAAUCAGGUCUCUGAACAGACAACUUUACAAGAAAGUACAAUCUCCCAUGUACACAAGAUUGCUGUAGAUCAGGCUUUAGAAAGUCAGACUGGACAUCUGAAUCUUUUCCUUCGCUUUCUUCUGGGUCUCUCACUGGAGUCCAAUCAGAAACUCUUGCAUGCUUUAGUAACAAAAACAGGAAGUAGCUCACAGAGCAUACAGGAAACAGUUCAGUGCAUUAAGGAGAAGAUCAGUAAAUAUCUUCCUACAGAAAAAUCCAUCAGUCUGUUCCACUGUCUGAAUGAACUGGGUGAUAAUUCUCUAGUGGAGGAAAUCCAAAACUACCUGAAAUCUGGAAAACAAAGUGAACUUUCUUCUUCCCAGCUUUCUGCUCUGGUGUUUGUGUUACUGACAUCAGCACAGGAGCUGGAUGAGUUUGACCUGAGUAAAUAUACCAGUACAGAUAAGAUAACAGAAGAUGUUGUUCUGAAGAUGAUGCCUGUGAUUACAGCAUCCAGUAAAGCAAUAAUCAAGUGUGAUUCACUUAGAGUAAAAAGUUGGUCAGCUCUGGUCUCAGCGCUCAAAUCAGAAACUUCCAAACUGAGAGAACUGCAUCUGGCUGUUAAAACACUAAAUCUGACUAGGAAUAAUCUAGGAGAUUUAGGAAUGAAGAGUCUCUCAGCUGGACUGGAGAAUCCUCACUGUAAAGUGGAAAUACUGAGGUUGCAUAAGUGUGGUGUGUCAGAUGAAGGCUGUGCUGAUCUGACUUCAGCUUUGAAAUCAAACCCCUCACACCUGAGAGAGUUGGAUCUAUCUGAGAAUAAUCUAGGAGACUCGGGAGUGAAGAGUCUGUCUGAUUUAUUGGAGAAUCCUCACUGUAAACUGGAGACAUUGAUGCUGUGUGAUUGUGGUGUCUCCUAUGAAGGCUGUGCUGCUCUAUCUUCAGCUCUGAGAUCUAACCCCUCACACCUGAGAUACCUGGAGCUGUCAUAUAAUAAAAUAGGAGACUCAGGAGUGAAGAGUCUCUCUGCUGUACUGGAGAAUCCUCACUGUAAAGUGGAGACACUGAGGUUGCAGUGCUGUGGUGUCUCAGAUGAAGGCUGUGCUGCUCUGAUUUCGGUUCUGAGAUCAAACCCCUCACACCUCAGUCACCUGGAUCUGUCCUAUAAUGAUCUGAUGGUCACAGGAAAGAAGCUGCUCUCUGCUCUUAAGGACGAUGAAAAUUAUAGACUACAGACACUGAAAUGAAUAAGGACCUCAUAAUAAAUGUCCAACCUCACUAUUAUUAGUUUGUACAGAGAUGAAUACAUGCAAGUAUAUGUACCAAAGUUUGUGGUGAUACAUUCACACAUUUUUCUCUUAUGCUCAAAUGAAUAUCUGUGUGUAUGAUGAAGACUUUGGUAUUCCUGCAUUGGCUUAUUCGGUUAAUAUAGAACAGGGUUAUAUAAACAAAUCAAUUAUUUAGUUCUAACACAUUAAAAAAACUCAAACAUGAGAAGUGCAUGUUCAUAGUGCACAGUGAAUCAGACUACAAACAAUUCUACACUGAGACUAUAAUGACCUCUGAUCCCUGGAUAAAAUUUUUGGGACAUUAGGCACAUAAAAACCUGAGGAUUUUUCGGAAAAGCAGUUGAAAUACCAAAUAAGCUUGAGCUGAAUGCAGUCAGAAUAUGAGAAAAAUAAAUAAACAGGAACAAGACAUUUGGUGGAAUUUGCACAGAAUAGUAUUAGAAUCUGAGGAGUUUAUCUGAGGAGUUCAUCUAACAAAGCCCUUAGGAGACUCACUGCAAAUCACAUACAUCACUUUAUCCUUUGCUUAAAUAAUGGAUCAGUGCUGUUAUACUAAAUACAAGCACACUUGGAAUGCCAAAUGUCCCAUUCUAAUAGUCUUUUUGGGUGACAUCACUCCGCUUUUGUUCUCUGCAUUUGUUCCGGUGAGGGACUGCCUCACUUCCUGCCUGUGGAGGAUGUCACAGCCCGGUUUUGCUUUGGUGCCCUGCGACAUCGCCCUGCACCUGAUUCGGCGCCUCACUUCCUGCCUGGGGAGAAUGUCUAGUUUUGCUUUGAUUGCUUUGAGCCAUGAAGGCUUGGAUUUUGUUUUCCCUUAAUAAUAAAAAUACCUUCAUUUAAAAA